GCCAAAAAAGCAAAACAGAGACCUCAACAACAUUCACCUAAUUACUUGCUCCAACAAAGUGCCAUGUAUGGAAUUGGCAGAGGGCUUCAUACAUGACCUAAUACAAUUGGAAGAGGGUGUGGUGAUGUAUGAUGCGCACCUAAAGACCAAUGUUCUUGUCAGAGCCCCAGUGAUCCUGAUAAUUGGAGACAAUCCCCGACACUCCAAGAUCUUAUCACACAUGGGGAGCACAGCCAACAAAUUCUGUAGGAUGUGCAUGUGUGACAAAACAACGACCACAACUAUUGUCGGGAGGCUGAGAACAAAGGAGAGCUCUAACACACAAAUAUCCCUCAUCACAAUGGCAGAUGAAAAAAGAAAGAGAACUCUGCGAACAAAAUACGGUCUCUAUGAUGUGUACAAUCCACUAUUCCAACUAUCGGUGGACUUGUACAGAAGCACACCUAUCGACUGCUUACACACUAUCCUGCUCGGAGGGUAUAAGUACAUGUUCAGGGAUCUGAUGGAGAGGUUAACUGCUAGACAGAAACAAGAGGUGUCAGCCUCAAUUGACCAGUUCCCACGCUCAGGCCUGGACAUCCACAUCAACGGCAGCAUGACCAGAUAUCACCAGUCAUGCGUGGGAAGGGACUUCAAGGCUCUUGCUCAAAUAGCUCCGUUUGUGCUGCGGCGAUAUCUGAGCGAUGGAGAAAGAGAAAUAUGGCUGCACCUCUCAAAGGUUUUUAAAGGAGCGUACUCUCAUAGUGCAACAACCACCUCCAUUAAAAAACUGAGCACAUCGUGUACAUCCCUGCUACAAUCUCUAAAAUCUCACAAGUCGCACAUGCUCAAUAAGCCAAAGUUUCAUCUUCUACUACACUUAGCGGAGAAUGUAAAAGAUUUUGGGCCCCCAUCUGUGUUUAACGCUGAGAGAUGUGAAACCUUCAACGGUAUCAUGAGGGAACAGAAUCUACACAGUAAUCGACAGGCGUCAAGUCGUGACAUUGCAAAUAGAUUUGCCACACUGGAGCAGCUCCGCUACCUGUGUCAGGGAGGUGUUGACCCAAACAAGAGCACAGUGAGAUGUGGCAAGGGACUCACACACCUCAUAAAAGAACCAUCAUUGCAAUCUUUUUUGGGAAUGCCAGGGCCAGGACACGGUCAGAAGGACAUAGCCCAACACGGUGCACCAAGGAAGAUUUACAAGCAAAGGGUAUCCUUUAAUGACCUGGAGCUACACCUUCACACCGGCAUUAUACCUCUCGGCCAGGCACGAAUGAAUGGAACAAUGGUUCUAACGUACAUGGCAAGAUCAGAAAUCAUACAACCUUAUAAGGCUGUUUACGCACAGGAGGUGGGGGUGAUAGACGUGGGAAAUUACAUCUCCUUCCAAAGAUAUGAUAAUGUUGAGUAUGGAAGACUUGUGGCAUGUUUCUGUCAAGACGGCACACAGGCACAGAUUCUGGUCCAGCGACUGAUCCCUACUACACGUCAGAAUGAAGAAAAUUGCACAACACUACACAUAUUGCCAAACAUCAGUCAAAUAGAUGCGACAUAUAUAAUCAUCCCUAUUUCUAUUAUUCACGAAUGCACAUCUAACUGCAAGUACGUACAAGGAGCAACAUAUUUAGCCGAAAGACAAUCUAUCACUACAGAAAAGAAACUAACAUUAGAACACGACUAUUCAAACUGUUUAUUUUGCUUAAAUGAGUAUGCACUUAAUUAAUUCGUUUUUGUAUCAUCUAACUAUCAUUUUUCCACUAUAUAAAUACACCUCACCUCAAUGUUUAUA